ACGUCAGCUGAGCUUCAGUUGGAGUCGUUCGUCGGUGUUUUUCAAAUUGGACAGUUUUAGUAUCGUGAAACGUGGUGUCUUACAUGAUGUUUCCAUCGUCUGGUCUCUUUACUAACACAAACUGCCCUUUAUCAAAACGUGGACGUUGUGAGCGGCCUCAUUGUUUCUACAAACAUGCUGUUACCUCGAAGAAAUCAUCCAUAGUUGAGUCCACAGGAGUCAGAAAUGGCUGUUCAUAUGCUAGUUGUAAAGUAUCAGUGAAUGAUGAAUCCAGGGAUGACUGCCUCCAACAGCUGGAGCGAAUUAACAAGGAGAUUGAAAGUGUAAGGCACGAGGUGGAGCAGGAGCGAAGACGACUGUCGCGCUAUCAGACUACACAGACUGAUGGCAACAACAGUGUGCCUAAUUUGUCCGUUUCCAAUCCUGAAACUGCAGGUAAAAAUGUAGAUGGCAGUUCUCAUGGACUGUCUUCCUGCACUGACUUUACUAAGCCAUACGCCCAAGCAAGGAAGUACGUGGUUGACAACUCAAAACCAAGGACUGAUUUGGAGUAUGAUCCUCUGUCUAACUUUUCUGCUGACCUCCGGUCUUACAGCUCAUCAGGUAAGGAGCAAAAAGUUAAAGGGCAAGAUUUGAAAAGACCAAGAAACACUGUAACUUGUAACCAAGAGAAGCCGCUCCCAUAUCAGGCUCCGCUUUCCAGAUCACCAUCUCCAGAGCCACUUGAUGACUCUUAUGAAGACAACAUCCUGGUUAUUGACAUUCCUCCCUCACCUGAAAAAAAGAGAGGCCGCACUCAGAAACUUGAUUGUGUUUCUGGCAAAUCCCAGAAUGGGGAAGAGAUACUGAACAAGGUCAAAACAGCACCUAGUUUACUUGAUUCAACUGCUGAACUGUUCAAGGACAAAUUUGCAUCAAGGUUUGAAGCAAAUAAAGUUCAUAAUUGUGAUGCUGAGAACGAGCUAGGUAAAGAUGUAGUUGAUCUUUUUAAGAAGAAGAAAUGUGAAAAUAUACCAGCUGAUGAGAAAGUAAUUGACCUAACUGGAUGUUUAGAAGACCUGGAAAGUGAGUGUCAGAGAAUUACUUGUUUGUCAGCUGCUGAAAGAGCAGUGGAGAACAAUCCUCAGCCUACAGUUCUUUCUGCCACAUCAGACCAACAAAAUCAUAGCUGCAAUAAAAUGGCGAUGGAAGAAGAAAAAAACCCAUUCCAGAUUGAAUUCCCUCAGUGGGAGCUUCCCCAUAGUGUUGAGAAAAUGAAUCAAUUGCAGCCAUGUGAUCUUCCAUUGAAGAAUUUCCUUUUUAAUAAAGAGCCAGCUGCAAACUCAGAUUCACCAUGCAGGCAGCACACUGCACAAGCCCCGACAACAGAGCUGUCAGCUAAGGGCAGAGUUCAUAACCACUGCUCUCCCAAGCAAAUUAUACCAUCAUUGGUGCCCGACAGCCAGAAACCAAGCCAAGUACAGAUGCAGGGUAAAGCUAGCAUUAGCCAUACUCCAUCUGUAAUGUACCAGGAGCAAGCAGAACCAGGCAGCAGCCAGUUUCAAGCUUGGCACAUUUCAUCAUCUGCCUACUCAGAUUUGACUAACGGAGCCGAACCCACUGAGCAAAUUUUGGUGAAGGCAGAUGAUGCAGUUGUAAUCGUUGAUUCAAGCUCCGAUGAGGAUGAAGAGUUCACCUUCAGAAGUAAAGAAGUAGAAGCAGAGCUGUCUGACAGUGACCCAAUGGAGGAAUGUUACAGGAUCUUCAUGGAAGCAAACAACGAGGUAAAAGGACAUGAAGAGCACUCCGGCGUGUCUGAUGGAGCUACAGAUGUUGAGAAAUCGGAGGUAAAUGUCAAACCCCAAGUGUUACCAGGAAAGAAGAGGGUGGCUCAUGAAGCCAAACAUACAGAGCAGCCAGUGGCUAAGAGCAGACCUCAGCCCCAGGUUUUGGUUCCCCUGCGAGGGCUAGCAUCUUCAGGAUUUGGUUCUCAGCCCUCCACCACUUCUAAGAUGCAGCAGGUGCAGCAAAAAGCCUCCAUUCUGACUGCUUCACUUAGAAGUGGACAGGCCUUUGUUUCCUCAACUUGUCAAAAGAAGCCAGAGACCCAGACUGCACCUUCUCCUUCGACUCAAACCCUGAAAAACCUGCAGCCCGCUCCUGUGCAAGGUGCUUACAUGAACUACAUACCUUUUGGAACUGCUGUGAUCGACAUGGGCAGCAACCUUCACCUGAUCCUCCCAGAGAGCUCCUUCUCUCUGCCUGUUUCCUCCAGUUCAAGCCCAAUUACUUCAAUUCUAACUCCAAUCACUCCAGUGCACCCAAGCACUGUCGCAGUGAUACAAACACAGUGUUCACCAGCAGUUACCCCUGUGCAAAGAUACCGUACAACAGCACCGGUGCUUAUUCCUGCUCUGGCACGUAAACCUUUCCCAGUGCCUACUAAACGUAAAGUGAAGCAGCAGUGUGAGGCCGCCAAAGACAAAGUGCCCCAUGAUGUCCGUCAGCGUUAUGUCAGCCUGUUCACAGAGGAAUUCAGGAGAACAACAGCCAGUGUUAAUGAUGCCUUUGAGAAGGCCCUUGCUGAAGAGAGGACUAUUUACAGUCGCAGUGUCAAUAAACUCAAAUAUCUGAGUGUGGCAGUGAAUGCACUAAAGAGGCUGAAGAACCAAAAUACUGUUGCAGCUAAAGUUGAAAAUGAAGUCAACCACCAAAAGUCCAAAGGCAACGUGCCACUUAACUGGAUGAUGCUUAAAGGAAAUGAUGACGUGGCAUUGUAUGAAAGUUUGAAAGAUUAUAUUUUGACAGAGGAAAGGCUGAUUGAGAGCAAUUAUCCUGUCCAACACCCAGAGAAACCUGGCUGUGCUGCUCUUUUUGCUGACAAUAAGAAAGGCAGCACAGAUCCCCUCAAGAGGCUCUGCUGUCGAUGUGGAACUACAUUCUCUGUGAGCCAAACAGGCAAACACAUUCGCAAGGAAGAGUGCAACUACCACUACGGGAAAGGAGUUGAGAAUAGAGUUGCAGCUGCUAAGCCAGUGCCUACUAAACGUAAAGUGAAGCAGCAGUGUGAGGCCGCCAAAGACAAAGUGCCCCAUGAUGUCCGUCAGCGUUAUGUCAGCCUGUUCACAGAGGAAUUCAGGAGAACAACAGCCAGUGUUAAUGAUGCCUUUGAGAAGGCCCUUGCUGAAGAGAGGACUAUUUACAGUCGCAGUGUCAAUAAACUCAAAUAUCUGAGUGUGGCAGUGAAUGCACUAAAGAGGCUGAAGAACCAAAAUACUGUUGCAGCUAAAGUUGAAAAUGAAGUCAACCACCAAAAGUCCAAAGGCAACGUGCCACUUAACUGGAUGAUGCUUAAAGGAAAUGAUGACGUGGCAUUGUAUGAAAGUUUGAAAGAUUAUAUUUUGACAGAGGAAAGGCUGAUUGAGAGCAAUUAUCCUGUCCAACACCCAGAGAAACCUGGCUGUGCUGCUCUUUUUGCUGACAAUAAGAAAGGCAGCACAGAUCCCCUCAAGAGGCUCUGCUGUCGAUGUGGAACUACAUUCUCUGUGAGCCAAACAGGCAAACACAUUCGCAAGGAAGAGUGCAACUACCACUACGGGAAAGGAGUUGAGAAUAGAGUGCCGGGUGGGGUGGAGACACGCUACAGUUGCUGUGAGGGAGACAUGGGAGCACCUGGAUGUCAGGUGUUUAGGCUGCAUGUCCACAAUUCCCUCAGCCUGGAUGGGUUUGUGUCGACUGGUCCCAGACAACCCUCAGAUACGAGCUGUCCCGGGGUCUACUCUUUGGAUUGUGAAAUGUGUUAUACCAUUCAUGGUCUGGAGCUGUCUAGAGUGACGGUGGUCAACUCCAGUCUGCAAGUCAUCUACGACACCUUUGUCAGACCUGAUAAUGAGGUCGUCGACUAUGACACCAGGUUUUCAGGCAUCAGUGAGGAAGAUGUGAAGGGUAACCACACCUCCCUCAGAGAGGUCCAAAAGACCUUGUUGGGCUUCAUCAGCGCUGACACCAUUUUGAUUGGACAUGGCCUAGAAGCAGACCUCUGUGCCCUGAAGCUGCUGCAUGGGACAGUGGUUGACACAUCAGCAGUCUUCCCCCACCGUCUGGGCCCCCCUCAUAAGCUGACCCUCAACAAUCUCACUGCAGACUAUCUCCGGAGAAUCAUCCAAGAGAGUGUUUGUGGCCAUGACACUGCAGAAGAUGCUGCCGCCUGCAUGGAGCUGAUGUUAUGGAAAGUUAAAGAAGAUGGAAAAAUGAAAAAUGAUGGAAAUAAAACAAAAAAAUAAUCUUCACACUGGUCAUAACGAAAAGACAGAUGCAGAUAUGAAUGUCAUCUCUUUGUGAAGCUCUGUUUUGGAUAACAUGCAAGGGCGUUUCUUUUCUUUUCGAUUGUAUUACAGUGGUUUCUGUAGGUAAAAAUUUUGUUUUGCAGCCCUUGUGAUUGCACUGUUGUGUUCUGAGAAAACCUGAAGGGGUGGGGUGUCAUCAUUAUUGUCCAAGUAAAGAGAUGAAAUGAAA